CCUUCAUCUGUGCAAGCAUGGAUUCGAUGUGAUAACAUGGUUGGGACCUGGUUGACCAAUUCAGUUUCUUCAAAGCUUCAAGCAAGCAUUAUAUAUGAAGAUACUGCUCUGGAAAUAUGGACUGAUUUGAAGAAUCGUUUUGCACAGACCAAUGGACCAAGGGUAUUCAAUCUCCAAAAGGAAAUUUCAGAAUUACAUCAAGGUGAGAUGAGCAUUACUGAUUUCUUUACUCAGUUGAAAGUUUUUUGGGAUCAGUUACAAAACCUUAGUCCAUUCCCUUCUUGCUCUUGUGGAAAGUGUAUGUGCAAUAUCAACAAAAGACUCAAUGAUUUACAAGGUAGAGAGUCUGUGAUGAAGUUCUUAAUGGGAGUAAAUGAGUCUUUUUCUCAAGUUAGGUCUCAAGUGUUACUCAUGGAUCCUAUUUCAUCACUGAGUAAGGUUUAUUCCUUGAUGAUACAAGAAGAGACUCAAAGGUCAAUUCCUAAUGCACCUGUUGUUAAAGUAGAUUCCACUGCUUUGGCUGCUAAAGUGUCCACUGAUCAAGCCAAUUAUGUUGUUAAUUCUGUUGGAAAAGGAAAAGAUAGGCCCGUUUGUACCCACUGUGGCAAGACUGGUCACACUGUAGACAAGUGCUACAGAUUGCAUGGGUUUCCUCCAGGUUUUAAAUUCAAGAAUAAGACUACUAUGGCACAUCAAGUCUCCUCAGGAUCAAGCUCAGAAUUUGUAUCACCAAUGCAUCAAUUUUCUGCCUUCAGUCCUGAGCAGUGCCAACAGCUUUUAGCCUUGUUUAGUGCAUCCAAUCUUUCUUCUGCAGCACCAUCUCAGAUAUCAGAUGCCUCAAUGGUCACAGCAACUCCUUCUUCCACUUCUGCUAAUGUGGCAAUGACAGGACCUUAUUUCCUGGAAAACGAUUGGGGUAGGCAAAGCACUUGAUGGAUUGUACCUGUU